AUGGAUACAUUGAUGCAGUAUAGUGCUAACGAUCCUGAAAUACACAAGCUAAAGGACAGCCUUAAACAUCUCAAUCAGUACAUCAAAAGUGAUUACAAGGUAUGUUUCCGAGUAUUUCAUACCGCCUCUUGAUAGAACGUAACCACAUGCCUCUUUUCUCCGCAGAUCCAUUGUUCCAUGGUUAGUUCUGUACCCACCAGCUCCGCAUGGUCCACCAGGACGUAGCCAGGUCGGAUGCUAUCGACAGUCUUGGUGAAGAAUCCACGCUAAUCACGCAAGACUUUGCCAAGAAGUUCUUACCAGCCCAGUACAGAGAGACACAGGCCGAAUUCUUCGGGAAAAGAGGGAUUUCGUGGCAUCUUACAGUUUGCCAAAGCAACAAAGGCGGAGAGAUUGUGCCAUGA